UGCUGUUAUCUCGGUCUAUUUAUGACGUGAACCAAGGACUCAUUAGAUUCCAUUUUGUAUUUAAUUUCAUCAUGCGGUCCGCAGCGUGUCUUUGCUACCACGUAGCAACAUCCAUUCCCUCCAGUGACGAACCGCGAGAAGGUGUACUGUCCUGAACAGUCGCAGCCAUAAAAUACCAAGUAGUAAUAAUAUUUUAUUCAGCCCAUGACUUCAUCAACGAUGAGUGAAAAAUUAAGAGAAGGAUUACUUUUGGGCUUGGGAAAUCCACUAUUGGAUAUCUCAGCAACCGUAGAUGACGAUUUUUUGAACAAAUAUGGAAUGAAACCGAAUGAUGCUAUUCUAGCUGAAGAACACCACAAGCCAUUAUAUGAUGAGCUUAUUGAGCAGUACAAAGCCGAUUUCAUUGGUGGUGGAUCUGUCCAAAAUACUCUCAGGGUCGCGCAGUGGAUUUGGGAAAAGCCCCAUAUCUCCACGUUCAUGGGUUGUGUUGGAAGGGAUAAAUAUUCUAAAAUCCUCGAAGACAAGCUUCUAGAGACUGGAGUGAAUGCUAGAUAUCAAUAUCACGAUAAAGAACCUACUGGUACCUGUGGAGUGCUCAUAACCGGAAAAAAUCGAUCAUUGUGUGCGAAUUUAGCCGCGGCUAACUGUUUCUCCCCGCAUCAUCUCGAUGAUCCCGAGAAUCGACGUCUUCUAGAAAAUUGUGAAUAUGUCUAUAUUUCUGGCUUCUUUUUGACGGUCAGUCCCGUAACCAUUCAAAAAGUUGCUAAACAUGCACAUGAGCACAAUAAAAUCUUCAUGAUGAACCUCAGUGCACCAUUUCUAUGCGAAUUUUUCAAGGAACCAAUGCUGGCAGCAUUCCCUUAUGUAGAUAUAAUAUUCGGAAAUGAAACCGAGGCUGAUGCCUUUUCGAAGGCAAACGACUUAAAAACGACAGACAGGAGAGAAAUUGCCUUGAAAAUGUCGAAAAUGUCGAAAAUAAAUGAUAAGAGGAAAAGGGUUGUUGUUAUCACUCAGGGAGCUGAGAAUGUGAUCGUAGUUAAGGAUGAUAUUCUCACAGAAUAUCCCGCCAGGAGAAUACCAGAGGAUAAAGUUGUAGAUACGAAUGGUGCUGGGGAUGCCUUCGUUGGAGGAUUCCUGUCACAAUAUCUCCUUGGAAAAAGCAUCGAAGUAUGCAUAGAGUGCGGUAUCUGGGCAGCUACAGAAAUUGUCCAAAGAUCUGGUUGUACUUAUGUAGGAAAAGCUAAUUUUCAAUCAUGAAAUCAUAUUUUCAUAUAUUUGAGAAAUACCUGUACAUUUUGGAAAAUUAUCAUGGGGCGGUUACUUAAAAAAAUGAGGUUGUUUGAAUAAAUCAUUUGACCACAAUCCAAA